ACGAAGUCAAGUAGAUAAACACUUUGUAAUUAAAGAAGUAUCUCAAAAACACUGGACUUAGUUGAAUUUUUUUUUUCCAAAUUUUAAUAGCAAAAAAAAAAAAUAGAAAAAGUGAAAAAAUGUAAUUAAAUAUUAAAUAUCGUUUAUGCAAUAACUUUUCAUCAAGAAAUGGAAAAUAAAUCAUCAAUCUAACUAAUGAAGUUUUUGUAAUGAAUACACAUGUCUUGCUUACAAGAAGUUAAAAAGUUCAAUGUAUAUUGUACAUCAAACUUUCUAAUGAUAUGUUUACAAAAAUGAAGAAUUUUUUUAACUCGUUCAGGUGUUAAAAUUCACUAAAGAUCAAGCCAUUAUUUUGAAUAAUGUUUAAAAUGAUGUCAUUACUGUGAAUUAUGGCAGACAGUCCUGCUCAUUCUCAUGAAGUUGAUCCUGAUCCUGGAAGGUUGCACUAUAGAGAUCAUAAUAUCUACUUAAACUUUCUCAAUUCUUAUGGAAGGUUACCUGCAAACCAUCCGUUGACUAUUCAUCAGAAAGCUUUGUUUGUCUUUUGGAUUACCACUGCUUUGUUUUGGAUUAUUAUUCAAUUAAAAAAAGUUUUAAAACACUUAAUCAGUUCCACGGGGCAGCCUCAUGACAACAUCAAUAAAAAAUCCCCUGGAAAAUUUUUAUCUAGUCACAAUCUACAGUUAGUUAAUCCCAAGCAUCAAACUGAAAAACUUUCAAGAUUUUUUAAAAGUCCUUCUAAACAAAUUUCACCAAGUUGCAGUCCAUCGAAGAGGAAAGAUUAUUUAGACCCAGAAGCAUUUAAUAUUUCUUUGACCAAAGUAGAUUCUGAUAAUGUAACAAUUAAAGUUGACAAAAUAAAUGAAAAAAAUGCAAUUGUUCCUAAAACAAGAGAAGAAAUAAAUUUGUCAUCUCCAAAAAAGGACAAAGAAGGUGCAGUUUUUAAAGUUCACCUAGCAAAGUUGAAAUCAGGUUUUUUGAAACUCUGUACUUCACACGAUAAAGAACAGCCAUCUUUUGAAAAGUUUCUGCUGAAGAUGUUUAUUUUUGGCUGGUUUAUGUUUUACAUUUUUCUUUCAGACUUUUUGCAUAUUUGGCCAAAAGUCAACAAACAAUAUUCUCGUGACAUGUUUGUUUUUUUGUUUUUUAUCUUGGUUUUUGUUGCAGUUAUCUUUACAAUCCGCAAGACGAAAGAUAAGUUUUUAAACCGAGAUCAAACUGAAGAGUGGAAAGGAUGGAUGCAGGUGCAAUUUGUCUGGUAUCAUUACUUUGAUGCAAAUGAAACAUUUAAUUCUAUUAGAUGUUAUGUUGGUGCGUAUGUUUGGAUGACUGGUUUUGGUAACUACAUUUACUUUUCAUCCCAAAAAGAUUAUUCUAUAUUUCGGCUAUUGAAAAUGUUGUUUCGAUUAAAUUUUCUUGUGUUUUGUGUAAUGGCAAUGGCAAAUCAUGAGUUUGUUCGAUAUUACAUUUGUGCAAUGCAUACUUAUUGGUUCCUAUCUGUAUGGGGUGUAAUGGUUGUUUUAAACCGAUAUAAUGAUAAUCCAAAAUUCAUGCUGUUAAAAUUUUUUAUAUACUUUGCAAUAAACGCUUUAAUAUUUAAUCUUCCUGGGGCUUCCGAUUUUGUCUUUGCUCCAUUUAUUUGGAUUUUACAUGAUAAAGAUGGUACUCUAAGAUAUUGGAAGUAUCGAGCAUGGUUGGAUCACUGGUCUACACUAAUUGGAAUGUUUGUCGCUUUUAAUUUUGAACGUUUAGAAGGUUUUUUCAAAAGUCUUGAUAAUGACAAUACAUUUGCAAAAAAGCAACGUGUUGCUUUGCGAGCAUUUAUUACAGCUUUUUUGCUUGCUAUUUUUUCUGUAUGGUUUUACUUCAUACUGCUUAAGUCGAAAAAAGAUUAUUUAGAUUUGCACCCUUUCACAUCACCCGUCCCAAUUGUUAUAUAUAUAAUGCUACGGAACAUUCAUCCUGUCCUUCGUACACACUAUAUGAACUUGUUUUCAUGGUUAGGAAAAAUUACUUUGGAAACUUACUUGUCCCAAAUACAUAUUUACAUGAUGGGAGAUGCUAAAAAUAUACUGGUUUAUUUACCGCAAUACCCGAUGCUGAAUUUUGCUUUUGCAACUGUUGUUUAUAUUGCCUUUUCGUACGCUCUCUUUCAUUUAACUGUUUUUUUUAGUAGCUACAUUUUUCCGAGAAAUAUUCUUGUAGUAACAAAAAAUCUUCUACUUGGUGGAUUGUGGUUAGGUUUGUGUUACGCCCUAGUUUAUAUUUUAACUAAACAAUUAAUAUGGUCUUCUCCGCUAACUGGAUUAGAAUUUUUGAGGUGGAACAUUACUAAAUAUUAACGCAUGUGUGUUUUUAUAGAAAACAUCUUUAUUUUUAUUGUUUCUGAA